AUGUCGAUCCUCGUCGACGUGGAUUCCAUAGCUGACUUGACGUGGGAGAGGACCAACACGAAGGCUGUUUUAGUAAUCUCAAACCGGAGGAUCAGCGACGACCAAGACUUAAACGAAUCCUUCGAAUACGUACGUAAGCUUCGUAACGAAAUGGAAGCCAAAGUGAUUCUUGUUGGAAUGGCCGCUGGCUUGGACCAGGAUCGUCUCUCAAAACUUGCCUAUGCCUCUGGAUAG